AUGUUGACUUUAGAGACUGGUGGGGAUUACAAGUUAAGGCUGCCCGCAGGCACCAAGCGAGCAUGGAGGCUCCCACUAAGCCGAGCUUCCUCUUUCAACCUUCAUCUUCGCCAACAAGCUGUAAUAACCAUGUCCACCGCAAUACCUUCAAUCGCCUGUCUAGGCGUUAUCGGCCGAAAUAACAAUCCCCUCCAUAUCUCCAUCUUCCCCUCGCUCGAUCCAGUAACAAAUACGUUCGCUCCGAUUCGCACACCUCUCCAGUUCUCCCUCCUGCUCUCUUCUACCAUCGAUGUCUUUGAUCUGCGCGCAAAGACCAACGCAGUCUCAGGGGUUGGCCUCUCGGGAGACUUUGGGCUUCUCCACGCUGUGGAUGACCGCCUUGCCGCCUACGGCUUCGAGACCAACACAGGCGUUCGAAUGGUCUGUCUUGUCGAUAUGCGCGGUCGGCGUGUCGAUGGUAAUGCCCCGGUAGCUGCAAGUCGGGGCGCUGCUGCAGGCCUACGCGAUGCUGAGCUUAAGCCCGUGUUUCGCGCCAUGCAGCAUGCAUAUGUCAAGUUGUUACAGAACCCAUUUUAUGACCCGGAUGAGCAUGCUCCCCUGGGCGGGAGAGGGGGCAAGAAGAUCACCAGUCGCAAGUUUGCUGAUGACAUAAAGAGGAUAGGGGAGGGCUGGACCCCAGGCGUGACAAACCUCUAA